GUUUAUUUUCAGGGCCUAUUCCCUGGUUGGGCGAGGAGGGGAAGUGGUUCAUCUGCAUCACCAUCACCAUCACAGUUGGGCCACCUACAGUUUCCCCAGCAGGCGUCAUAGCGUCUAGGUUUCCACCAUCCAGAUCCAUGGUGGCAUAGGAGGAGAACUGGGUCCUGAAGUGGUUCCUUUUCAUCUCCACCUCCACUUUUCCGCAGCAGCCAUCCUGAUCCAUGGCAAACACAUCUCGAUUGUAUUUCACUUGCAUACGGAACACUCUUGAAGCUGCCAUGUGCCUGCAGAACUUCCCUUGUCAAGAAGUUGAAAGGCAUAACAAACCAGAGGUUGAACUAAAGACAAGUCCAGAAGUUCUGCUAAAUCCAGUUUUGAUUUGUCGGAAUGAAGCUGAAAAAUGCUUGAUAGAAACAUCUAUCAAUUCACUGCGAAUAAGCCUCAAGGUAAAGCAGGCUGAUGAACUAGAAAAUAUAUUAACUAAGAAAUUUCUUAGAUUUUUGUCAAUGAGGGCAGAAGCAUUUCAAGUAUUGAGGAGAAAACCAGUGCAGGGUUAUGACAUUAGCUUUCUUAUAACAAACUAUCACUGUGAGGAUAUGCAAAAACACAAGCUUAUUGAUUUUAUCGUGCAAUUUAUGGAGGAUAUCGAUAAAGAGAUAAGCGAAUUGAAAUUGUCGGUGAACACACGGGGGAGGCUUGUAGCUACAGAGUUUCUAAAGCAAUUCAUCUGAAGCUUGUUUCUGCAUAUAUUGUGCACCAUGUUCUUAAAAGUUACAGUGGGAUGCCAUAAGGAUUGUCUCUCUAGUGGUUCAGUGUUUGUUGUCUCUGAAAUUUAUUCUCUUUUUCUUUUCUUUUCAUUUAUUUGAUGUAUAUCUUCUCGUCAGAAUUCUUUUCUUUUCAUCUUUUGUAAGAUUCUACAAGGAAUGUCGCAAUGGUUGAACUAUGACUAGCACCAAGUUGAGACUGUCAA